AUGAACGGAUGGAGAAGUGGUCGGGCUUUGGGCCGAUCGGCGAAGAGGUGGUCACACUCUGACCACACGAUACCCGAGAAGUACCAGAAGUUCCGAACGGGACAUAUGGACGACGCUUUGCUUCCGUUCGGGUCGUGGAAAGAGGCCUACAAUCAGCUCCAGAGCCGAUACCACAAGCAGUUGGCCGCGAGUGUCCUCUACUUCGGCGGUACUGUACUCUACCUCUACAGCUCGGGUGUCAUAGAUCUGGUUCUUCCGCCCCCGUAUGCCAACGACGACCAAACGCCUCCAUCCAAGUGGUCUAAACUCAAGAAGUGGUUCACCUUUGAGUCCAAGUUGAGGGACCCGUCGUCGGCCACUUCUUCGGUGGUCAAAGAGUUGGCCAAUUUGCCCGACUCUAUACCGUAUUUGAUUAUCGGCGGCGGAACCGCUUCUUUCGCCGCCUUCCGUUCAAUUCGAGCCAACGAUCCGAAGGCUAAGGUUUUGGUCAUUUCCGAAGAGGACUACUUCCCAUAUAUGAGACCUCCGCUGUCCAAAGAGCUGUGGUUUAGCGGAUCAGAUCUGACAAAGAAGUUAACGUUUAAACAGUGGAACGGAAGGGAAAGAACGGUAUUCUUAGAACACGAAGAGUUUUAUAUUCCGCUCAACAAAUUGAUGUCAACGGAAACGGGAGGCGUCGCUGUCUUGAAGAACCAAUCGGUGGUCAAAUUAGACGCCACCGAAAGAAAGGCCUAUUUAGCGAAUGGACAGACAGUUUCGUACGACAAGUGUCUGAUCGCGACGGGAGGCAAACCCAAGAAUAUCGAGCCCUUCGUGAACGCGGAUCCGGACGUUCAGAAGCGAGUGAUUCUCUACAGAGAUAUUAAAGACUUUAAACGCUUGGAAGAGAUCACAAGAAAAGCCAAAUCCGUGACAAUAGUCGGCGGAGGCUUUUUGGGCAGUGAAUUGGCGUGCGCUCUGUCCGGACGGUCCAAACUCAACAAAUCAAAUGGCAGUCAAUUGAGUCUGAGUUUAAGUAAUUCAGACAAAUUGAGAACAGAUUAUGUGGUUUUGGCGGUCGGUUUGGAGCCGAACACAGAAUUGGCCGAAACAUCGAGUUUAGAAGUGGACGAAAAUUUUGGUGGCUUUAGGGUUAACGCGGAACUGGAGGCCCGAACCAACUUAUGGGUUGCGGGCGACGCCUCCUGUUUCUAUGACACCAAACUCGGCCGAAGACGCGUUGAACAUCACGAUCACGCGGUGGUCAGCGGACGACUGGCCGGCGAGAACAUGACUGGCGCUCAUAAGCCAUAUUGGCAUCAGUCUAUGUUUUGGUCCGAUUUGGGUCCUCAGGUUGGCUACGAAGCCAUCGGAAUCGUGGACUCAACUCUGCCAACAGUGGGUGUCUUCGCGAAGGCUACCGAAAAGGAUACGCCAAAAGCUGCGGCCGAACAGACCAAUGAAGGCAUUCGGUCGGAAGCGGACGAACCGGUGAAUGCCCUCAAACCGGUGCCCAAACCCGAGUCGAGCGGUGCAGUGACUCCGCGGGCGCCGCAGUCGGGCGACGACUUCGGGAAAGGGAUUAUAUUUUAUUUGCGAAACAAUAUAGUUGUGGGGAUUGUGUUGUGGAAUGUGUUCAGUCGUAUGCAUAUCGCCAGACGUGUGAUCAGCGAAGGCAAGGCUUACGACGAUCUGAACGAAGUCGCAAAACUCUUUGAACUCCAUUCGGACGACUGA